CCGCCCCCCUUCAUUCGCUCAACAUGGCGGCGCACAGCAACUCGACGCAAAGCUGGAGAAAUAUUUACGUCUUGUAUUUGUUUGUUUUCCUCCAGCUGUGGUGUAACGUCUGCCUUUCAGCUCCGGCGAGCAUCACGCAAGGUUUCCAGACUGCUGAUUUGACUGCCUUGGCUGUGGCAGCAGCUCAGACAAACAGAACAGAACAGAGUACACCAAGUCCAAAGCUCGCAUCGACAACUGCUGCCGCCCCCAAACCGACAACUUCUGCCGCCCCCAAACCGACAACUGCUGCCGCCCCCAAACCGACAACUGCAGAGGCCAAGGAUGCCAUCGCCCGUCAAGUAGAGCCCACCACGCGUCUUUCAGCACAGAGCAAGAAAAACGCUAGGGCCACGCUGCCUCCACCUGCAGAUGAAAAGACUACGAAAGAAACUAUGAAAGAAACUACGGAAGAGAAUGCAGUCAAGACGACCUCUCCUGCUCCCACCGCCAGCAUCAAGGUGACCCAGACAACAGGUGAGCCCGAUGUCCAGGGCACCUCCCCAGCAGAAAGCGUCGAGCCACAGCUUAAUACAGUGAAGCAAACAGAAACUUCCCCCUCCGAACCUGUUGAAGAAUACAAUUAUGACGAAGACUUCAUAGUUUCUUCCUAUGAAGGGGGGAAGAAAACUAAGGGGCAAAUCAACACCAAGCAGCCGGUUAAUGUGCUGGAGGAAGCCGACAUUUUCAGCUCAGAGGAACAGGAUUCCCACUUCUUCUUCCACCUGGUCAUCCUGGCCUUCCUGGUGGCCGUCGUCUACAUCACCUAUCACAACAAGAGGAAGAUCUUCCUGCUGGUUCAGAGCCGCCGCUGGAAGGAGGGUUUAUGUUCCCGGAACAACGGAGAAUAUCGGCGCCUGGACCAGAACGUCAACGAAGCCAUGCCGUCCCUCAAGAUGACCAAAGAUUAUAUAUUUUGAUUGACGCUCCUAUACACAGAAAUCCAGCUGCUUAUCUGAUCACUAGAAUAAAGUAAAGAGGCUUUGCUUUUUUUCAAAAUCAUGUUUUACUUUGCAACA